AUGGCUGGCGAGAACCAAGGAGUUGCAGUGUUUUUCUAUCAGUUUUUAGCUAGUCAGGGUGACUGCGUAACUGUCUGUGAUGUAGACGCAAUAUGUCAAGGUUUAUGUGGAGACGCAAUGGAUCACGUGAAAAUGAAGAAGGCUCUGGUUGUCAAUUCGACGGCGACUAUAACAAUGCAAUCAAUAUCUCAACCAGAUGGCUAUUAUCACUCCGGAAUCCUAUCUGGAAAACGAGUUUUUUCGAUCUUGACAAAAGAGUCUACUUCGAGUGUAAUUCGACUGUUCAACUUGAGGACGAAUUACCCUUAUACGCCGUUCGACUACUCGUACUGCAACGUGACAUUCAAGAGCGAGGAUGCAAUUCGUUUGGCUAUAUACGACUUGGUCACAAAAGAAGGGGUUAUUUUUGAAGGGCUGAACUUGUCAGGAGAAGCAACUCGAAUUUCUUUGAGCGGGCGGCAUGUUACUGAUGAUGAGCCUGUGGCAUUGUACUUCGCGGAAUCAGUGACGGUAUCGUUCUCCUUUCUGAAUACUACAACGUUCUACACAAGGGGCUUUUACAUCCUCGUGGAUAGCUACACACGUGAGUAC